GAGUCCGUGAGCCCUCUUUCCCUGUCUCGCCAAAAGUUUCAUGCUUGUAUAUGUGUGUGUGUCUAUAUUUAUAUAUAUAUUUAUAUAUAUAGAGAGAGAGAGAAGCGUUUAUGUAUUCCAGUUUCUACAGCUCCAACACACCCUCUUCCUCAAGCCCUUCUAAAGAGAGAGAGAGAAGCGUUUAUGUAUUCCAGUUUCUACAGCUCCAACACACCCUAUUCCUCAAGCCCUUCUAAAGGUAGUACUUUAUCUGCUGCUGAAUACUGGUCCAUAGAUGACGCCGCGUGCACUUUCAACUUGCAUGCUCACUGAUCAGUUGAUGCUUUCAGAUUAUGCCAUUCAAACAGAUAGUCCCUCAGAUUUUAUAUCCUCCAACCUACACAGGAAGUUUCGAUACCUGCCGUUUAGACUUUAUGUGAAAAGGCCAUUUCUUCGGGAUCAAAGUUUUCAAUUCUUAGUAACACAAAGAGGGAACCUAGUCCCAAGGACUAUAGUAUUUGCUAUUCCAAAUGAAAAUGACGACCAUGAAAGAAGAAGUUCACAUGCUUGCACUGAUGAUUCAAUGUUUACUGCUUCUGGACAUGAUGAGAGUCGUAAGGAUCCUGGGAAGGAAUUUGUUGCUUCCUUAUCGCGCUCUGGGGCAGAACUGUCUCAAAGCUUCGAGAUCCUGGGAGACCAAGGCAACCUUCUUGACAAACUAAGGGCUGUUCAUUUACAUGUAUUAGCAAUGGAACAAUGGAAUGCUUCCCGACUUAAACUGUGUCACAGAAAUUAUUUGGUGAGUGCAACAAAUCUAAUACAUUAUUUGGCAUUAAAAGGACUUGAUGUUGAGCAGCUCAAAGAUGAUCUUUCUUCUUUUGGUCUUCUGAAUUUAGAGACCAUCAAUCCUAAUGCCCUUGCAAGUCUUUCUGCUGGCAUCCAGAUGUUGGAGAACUUGAAAUCUAAUUCUCUAGGCAGCAAAGAGAAUGUUGGUGGUGGAAUUUUCUCUUGGAAAGGUUUGGACAAACAAGCAAAGGGAGACUUCACAAUAAAUUCAAUGAGAAAAAUGUCAUCGUUUAAUACGGAAUCACUGUUGGGCGCAGUGCAAGAUGAGAGAACAACUCAUAUCAUGGUAACAGUUGGCCAAGAAGCCGUAGAAAGUGAAACACUUUUAACUGAUCUUCUGAAGUCAGGGACCACCAUCAUUCGUAUAAACUGUGCUCAUGGAAACCCAAGUGUUUGGAGUGAGAUUAUCAGAAAGGUGAGGAGUAGUUCUCAAAUGCUGGAGAAACCAUGUCGAAUUCUCAUGGAUUUAGCUGGACCCAAGCUCCGAACAGGUAACCUGAAGGCUGGUCCAUGUGUAAAGAAAAUCUCUCCUAAAAAGAAUGCCACUGGAAAUGUGAUCUUCCCUGCCCAAAUUUGGUUGUCUCCUAAAGGAGGAGGCCCCCCACCUGCUCAUUUAUCUCCUGAUGAUGUUCUCUACAUAGAUGGCCAAGAAUUCCUCAAUAAGCUAGAGUUAGGUGAUGCUGUGAGAUUCUAUGAUGCUAGAGGAAAGCAAAGGACACUAAAAAUUUCUAAGAAAUUUCCCAUUUUUGCUGGAGUUGGAUACUUGGCUGAGUGUUCAAGGACUGCUUAUGUUCAAUCAGGAACAGAGUUGUGUAUUAAGGGCAAGAAAGGGAAAUAUUCAGUUGGACUCUUGGUGGAUGUCCCUGCCAUAGAGCAGUUUGUCAGGGUGAAAGUUGGAGACAUGCUAAUCAUAACACGGGAUAACUCAGAUAACCAGGAUGAAUCAACUGACACCCAAAUUGGUGCUCACAGGGUAACUUGUUCAUCUGGAUAUCUUUUUGAUUCAGUCAAACCUGGAGAGCCCAUUGCUUUUGAUGAUGGGAAGAUUUGGGGAGUAAUCCAAGGAACUAGUAUUUCGGAAGUUAUUGUUUCAAUCACUCAUGCGGGUCCCAAAGGUACUAAACUUGGCUCGGAGAAAUCAAUUAACAUCCCAGAGAGCGACAUUCGGUUUGAAGGCAUCACUUCAAAGGAUCUUGUGGAUCUUGAUUUUGUUGCUACUCAUGCUGACAUGGUGGGAAUCUCUUUUGUCCGAGACAUUCAUGAUAUUGUUGUGCUUCGCCAAGAGCUUGAAAAGCGGAAGCUGCGGAACUUGGGGAUUGUUUUGAAGAUUGAGACAAGAGGUGGGUUUGAGAAAUUGCCACUCUUACUACUGGAAGCGAUGAAGUCUCCAAAUCCUUUAGGGGUUAUGAUUGCCAGAGGAGAUCUUGCAGUGGAGUGUGGAUGGGAAAGGCUGGCAUAUAUACAGGAAGAAAUUCUAUCCAUUUGCAGUGCAGCCCAUAUACCAGUCAUUUGGGCAACUCAGGUGCUGGAGUCACUUGUUAAAUCCGGUGUGCCUACUAGAGCUGAGAUCACUGACGUAGCUAAUGCAAAGUUGGCAAGUUGCAUUAUGUUGAACAAAGGGAAACAUAUCCUGGAAGCUGUCUCAACUUUGGAUAAGAUUUUGCACAGCAGCAAUGCAAAGGUUAAACCAAUAUCAAAGCCUCUUAUGUUGUCCAGUCACCAAUCUUAGUUUUAAAUCAAUUACUCAUCCGCAGCAGUUCAAUUCCAUGUACGAUAAGUGUUCUAUCAGAUUCUUUUUCUAUGUAAUCUAGGAAUUUUCAAGAUUGGCUGCUCGGAAUAUCUAGUAAUCUGUAUAUAUACUUUCUUUGCAUUCUUGGCUGUCAUACUUUUACUCUUUCGGUCGGUUGUGUGCCUAAAUGCGUUCCCUUCUCUCUCCUUUAUGCAUCUUGAAUUCUGUAAAUAUUUUUUAUUAAAUUUCACAUUCUUAUAAUUA